GUGAAUGUUGCCUGGGAGGAGAGUGUUUACACAGUACGAGAGGAUGUCCUAUCACUCACGGCCUGUGUCGUGGUCCCAAGUGACAUUCUGUGUCGGGACAUUGAAGUUUUUGUGUCCACAGCAGACUCCACAAUGUCACCACAAGCCACCAGUGGCGAAGAUUAUCAGUCUCUAAGUUUACGAAGUCUGAUCUUGCCUGCUGGCUCCAGUUCAGCGUGUGUCACAGUUACAGUGGUUGAUGACAAUGAUGCAGAGUCUGCUGGGGAGUUCUUUGAUCUGGUCCUGAGUUCCUCUGAUUCAGGUGUCAUUAUAUCCUCUUCUUUGGCUCUCACUGAACUUCAGAAUGAGGAUGUUGAGAUUGGACUGACGCUUCAUACCAUUUGUGAGAACUUACCAAUUCUGACAGCUUGUGUUACUGUCACUGGCGAAAGUGUGGAAGUGGCUUCCUUCAAUUUCUUCACCAUCUCAACAGGAAGUGCCACUGCUGAAACUGACUACCAGUCAAAUAGUUCCAGCUUUAACUUUGUUGCUGGAGAUGACCCUCCCUGUCUGAAUGUUGAGAUAGUGGACGAUUUAGAGAGGGAGAGCUGCGAGACAUUCUUGCUUCAAUUGUCAACAUCUGACCCUAAUGUCAUUCUCUCACCGGCAUCUGCAACGGCCACUAUCUAUGACGAUGAAGACCCAAGUAUUCAAUUCACCAACGACACACCAGACAUUACCGGUAAGAUUUUAACAUCACAGCUAAUGGAGGACGGCUGUAUUGCUGGAUUUGAAUGUCAAGUAGAUAAUGGAGACCCAUUGAGCUGUACUAAUCCCUUCAUAACUGAUCUAAAUACUACUCGUGUUAGGACACUGUCCAUUACUGCAAACGGAUUCUGCCAAAAUAAUCAUGCUCUCUCCCGUGAUGUUCGAUCUGACAAUGUAAGGUGCCAUGUACAUCAAAUAAAUGGAGGAGAAGAGGAGGCAACUGUGGUUGGGAAUAGUGCAACUGUCAUGUUUGAAGGAACCGGUCCAUCUGCUGACAAUGUUGCCACUGAUUUCAGAAUCUUGGUGGAGAAUGCUGUACUCGGAGUGUUUGAGGUUCAGGAAGAAUUCCCGUGUUCUAACACCGCUGCUGCGUCUAUCUUUAAUGCAACAUGUACUGUAGAUGCUGCUACUUCCCACGGCACCUUAACAGUAUCUGGAUUCUUUUCUGGUGGCAGAUGGGGCUUAAUGCUUCAGCCACUCCAGCCUCCCAGUGGUCUGCAGUGUAUACGACGUGCCCCACGAAGAUUUGAAUUUGAUAUAACUGUAUGAAUUUCCAUUUUGCUAGCAUAUUAAAAACAGACUAGUACAUUAAUAAAUGACUGCCUUCUAAGAAUUAUAGCUAGCUAUAAUUAUACAGCAUUUUAUACGCAUGAAUGAGUAAUGAUAACCAUCCCAUGAUGUUAAUAUAUAAAAGGCUCUCAUUUUUGACUGAUAAAGAACUGUUUGAGG